AUGUUCUUCGCUCGUCUCUCCCGCCGGCCUCGAGUGCUCCUCUUUCUCCUCGCUCUUGCAUUCGUUCUCUGGGGUCUUGUUUACCGCCCCGGAUCGCUCGCUCUCCUGCUCAGUCGACGUCAGCACCCAGGCACAAACGACAGCCUGCGCGUCAUCCUCGACACCGUCCACGGCAGCCUCUCCCGAGCUGUCAACUUAUCGAUUGCCAAUGCACAGCCCUCCGCCUCCCUUCUCCAUUCUUGGCCCUCUGCUCAUCAUGCGCGACCUGUUUCAGCCUCUGCAGAGCACGCGCUCCUCUGCGACCUUCUAUCCGGAAAAGCAAUCUACGUCGUCGGGCCCCAGCCCACGAGCUAUCUCCUCCACGACCUCCUCCUCCACUCUCUCCACUCCCCUGACACAUGCAACGGCCCCUCCCUCUGUUCCUUCCACCCUCUCUGCUCUGACGACAUUCAUCCCCCGCCCUCCUCUGACCCCUCCCGCCGCCUCGGCUCCCUCAAACCAAACGAUAUCAUCGGCUCCAACACUUCCCUCCUCCGCUACAUCUCCUCCGACACGCUCUAUCCCUCUCCCGAUCCCUUCCAUCCCAGGUUUCUCGGUCCUGUCGUGGAUGAGCAGACAGGCGUGCGUGUGACCGACGCGAGGUGGACUGCGCAGGUCUCGAGGAACGCGGGCGUGCUCGUCCUUAAUCGUGGUCCCGUUCCCGCUCCGGCGUGGAGCUACGGAAGUCACAGACUCUCUUGGCUCGAUGAUCUCCUCCGGUCGUCUCCCUCUGAACUCAAGCCCUCAUCCGACCUCGAAAAGAUCAUCCUCGCAGCACUGCACACGACUCUCACGACCUACCUCCCCUCCCUGCUCACCCACCUCUCCGCUCUUCGCACCGCAGAUGGUUUUCCUCCGAUCUUGGGUACUCGACCGGUCAUCUGGCACGCGAGCUGGUACAUGCUUCCGCCUUCUUGUUAUUCUCGUGCUCGUUCUGGCUCUGGUUUCGGUUCUGGCCCUCACUUAGGGGCUACAGAGGGGUCAGACUUGUUGCCUCCUGAGCUCACAUACCUCCUAGCCAUCAUCGACGGUGUGAUAUGUGAUCCCUGGAAUGUGUAUUACAACAUCCAAGUCUACCUCCACUCCCUAAUCCUCCCGCACAUCCUCCCCUCCUACAACAUAUCCUACCUCCCCCUCCCCCUCCCUUCUGCUCCCAACAACUCCACAUGCCCAAACCCGACCCUAGGACCCGCCCCCACCCCCAAAGAACGUGACUGUCUCAGACCAAAACUCGAAAGCGAGAGGGGACGGAGAUUGGGUGCUGGGUUCAUUAAGGGGCUGAGUCGGGCGUUGGAGAUUUGGGAGGGGGAGAGGGUCCAGGUCCAGGUCCAGGCGAAGGGUGGUGGGAAGGAGACGGAGGGGGGAUGA